GGUCAUCUGAAGAUCUGAACACUCCUAGUUCGAAGUGGUCAUAAGAAGCCCUCCACACAACGUAACUUUCUCCAGACACUUCAUUUCACUUCAUUGUGGGUCUCAAAGGAAGUCAAAAUGGACGGUGUACUUGUGCAGAAUAUGUCCUUCAAGGUGGGACAGACUUUGACAAUUACAGGAGUCCCCAAGGCCGAUUCUACAAAUUUUUCCAUUAACAUUGGUCACAGCGCCGAGGACAUCGCUCUACACAUUAACCCUCGUUUUGAUGCCCAUGGUGACCAGCGCACUAUAGUGUGCAAUUCAUUACAGGGUGGCAGCUGGUGCGAGGAGCUAAGAGAGAGCAACUUUCCAUUUAAUCUGAAUGAGGAUUUCCAGAUAAAAAUCACAUUCACCAAUGAGGAUUUCCUAAUGACUUUUCCUGAUGGCUCUCAAAUGCACUUCCCUAACCGUCAUGGUGCUGAGAAGUACAAGUACAUGCACUUUGAAGGCGAGGCCAGGAUCCAUGGGGUUGAGAUCAAGUAGAUUACUCAAAUUAAAAAGAAGGCUCACUGUUGUAUCCUGAAUGCUAAAUGAUUCUUUGCCUUAUUUUGUCACUUAUCCAGGUCUGUUAUUCCACAGUUUUUACUUACUCAAUAUGAAUCUCAAUCACAAUCUUAUUAUUUCUAUGCCAGAUCAGCAUUCUAAUUUUGCUGUGCCACUGUCUAUCUUAACCACUAGAGGGAGCGCAACUACAGUAAAUUGCCAUGAGCUUUUAGAGGUUGGCCUACUUGUAAACCAUUAUCAGAGAUUAUCAACUGCUUUUAUAUGAUACAGUAUAAUGUUCUUAAAUCCAGUUUAACUAAAACAAAUUCACAAUCUAUAGCUGUUGGCAGAUAUAAAUAAAAAUAAUAUCCUGUUUUCACCAAUAAA